AAUCUUUCUUAGUGGGAUGUGUUUCACUUGAUGCAUGAAUGAAGAAGUCAUGGGAUGGCAAUAAUAAUGAAUACAGACCUGCGCAAUCAGUCAGAGGUCGAUGCUAAUACAAUUAUCACAUCUCUCAAGCUGAAACAGUAGGACUGCUGCAGCCCACAAAAAUAUCUCGUGUGAGAAGCGAGUUGUAAAGUUACAAAGAAUUCUACAUUCUCUUGCAACAAGAGUAUCAAGAAUUGUACUGCACAGAAGGGCAGAAGUAUUUUCUGCUCUGAGUAAAACCAUGGUGAGUGUUUUGUGUUUCUUUGGACAGGAAAAAAAAAUUUUUGGUUUCAUCUCACGAUUUACAAGUACAGAGAAACCAAAUAUUUUGGCAGAAUCAUAAAUUUCAUAACACCUUUUUACAGAUAGUUGUAGGUAAUAUAACACUUUAGCGUUCUGUGUACUAGAUUGAUAUAUUCAAGAUACAUUAUGUGGGCAACUCAUGUAGCAUGGGUUUGAGUGUGAGAAGCGCAGAGAAAAUCCAGAAACAAAACAUGAAGCAAUGAGAUAAUUUUGAAGAACUCUGCAUAAAGGUUAUGAUAUUAUUAAUCAUUUUCAUGCCAUAAGCCGAAUAUAUUGUUUCGAUUAGCGAUGUUAUAAUUGCCAGAGUUGAGGGGAUUUGCUAAAUCUUAAUCACUUGGUAGAUAAUGUGUAUAUUUACACCUCAGCAGGCUGGACAGUUCAAGCAGUUAGUUCCAUGGAAGAACUUAGCAGUCAGAGGGUCUUCACUCAAAAAGCACAAACACCAAGCCCAAUUAACAUGGGGCUGUGACAACACAACAACACAAUGCAUCAUAACGUAAGGAAGAAAGCUUGGAUUGAUUGCCAGCUUUUUAUAAUAAAUAUACUUUCGUUUUUUUUAACUUUGAGAAUUGUGUAACUUCUGACGUUUGAUUAACUGUUAAUGUUGCUACCCUUAAUAGCAAGAUGAAGACAGGAAAAAAUCCUACAACAUAAAAUAAACAUGAGGAUAGUUGCAUAGUUGCUUAAGGUCGAAACAUAUUGUAAUAGUAAGGAAAACGAGUGAAUGCAUUGUUAUGGUGAAACAGUAUCCAUGAAACCAUUGUGAUAUUUACUCGAGUUGAAUUUAUAUAUCUGAAAUAAAUGUACUUGUAAGCAAGAAGUUAAACAUAUUUUAGUGAAUUAAGGGGGAAGUUUGUGGACUGGAUUUGCUUCUCUUAGACUGCAGAACCUUGACAGGUUCCCUGCACUUAGUAGUUGAUAGACAUUUUGAAGCUGCAGGGAAGAUGAAAGUACAAAACAAUUAUUAUCAGUUCGAUAUCAUGGAAAAAAAACAGUAUCAUAUUUUUAGACUAAUUCUCCGAUUUUGAAAAAUGUAAGAAGUUGUGGGAAGAACUAUUUGCCUACUUUUUUCUUUCACUACUUGUUAAAUAUUUGAUAUGACGCCGACCUCAUAGAAAAUUUCACUUUCAGUAACUUCUGAAUACGAUGUAGCUUGACGCAUGAAAGCCGUAGUAGCGGUAUUAGAAGAGACGGCUGUUGCUAGGCAACGUCUCGGUAAGAAGUCCUCCAGCUCGCAAGUAUCUCAGCAACUCGACUGAUUGGUAAACAUGGCCGGGCGGGACAUGUGGGAUAAACUGCUGAUGUCACUCACCCUCAUCGCAGUUCUUGGCUUCGGUCCCAGUCGGGACCCAUGACGAUAGUUCUGCAUUUGCUUCAGAGUCCUGCGGAACACAGUUCACCUGCUUAUCCAUAAGCUAGGGAAUGGUUCUGUUCCUGGGUAAUGGUCCGGUUGCUAUGCAUCAUUUCAGUAAACAAAUCCCUUGGCAACGAAGACACACAUCAACAGAAAAAUUAUUGGAUGUGUCCCUUUCUGUGUUAUCUAAGUCUGUGUAAGACUGGCGAUUGUUUUGAGGCAGAAUUUUUGAAGCGAAUAUACAGUCAUGACAAAUGCGGUAUUUCUUGAUUUACAGAACACUGCAGAUUUCGAGAGAGUAUAUGUAAGUAGCCUGUGUGACGAGAUAUGCCCAGCAGCUUCUCAAGAUGCAUAUCAAACCAUCAGCGUGAAAGACGAGGUAACGUCACAUACAGAAGCAGAGGAGGAUCCUCUCGCAAUAACACUUCCAGGAGAAAUGAAGUCUCCAGCUGAGACUAGUCUACAUCAUCUUCAACCUGUGCUUGGUAAGGAGCGGCCAUAUUCCUGUCAAGUCUGUAAUAAGUCAUUUAGACAUCCCUGCGAUCUGACGACACACCAACGCAUACAUAGUGGGGAGCGGCCAUUUUGUUGUGACGUGUGCAAUAAUUCAUUCAAACAACGCGGUAAUCUAAAUGCACAUCAACGCAUACAUAGUGGAGAGCGGCCAUUUUGUUGUGACGUGUGCAAUAAGUCAUUCAGACAACGCGGUAAUCUAAAGAAACAUCAACGCAUACAUAAUGGGGAGCGUCCAUUUUGCUGUGAUGUGUGCAAUAAGUCGUUCAGUCAGCAGAAUGGUCUGAAAACACACCAAAGCAUACAUAGUGGGGAACGGCCAUUUUGUUGUAACGUGUGUAAUAAGUCAUUCAUUCGUUACUGUGAUCUGAAGAGACACCGGACCAUACAUAGUGGGGAGCGACCAUUUUGCUGUGACGUGUGUAAUAAGUCAUUUGCCGAACGCGGUCUUCUGAAGACACACCAACGCAUACAUAGUGUGGAGCGGCCAUUUUGUUGUGACGUGUGCAAUAAUUCAUUCAGACAUCGCAGUAAUCUAAAGGCACAUCAACGCAUACAUAGUGGGGAGCGGCCAUUUUGUUGUGACGUGUGCAAUAAGUCAUUCAUACGACACAGCAAUCUAAAGACACAUCAACGCAUACAUAGUGGGGAGCGGCCAUUUUGUUGUGACGUGUGCAAUGAGUCAUUCAUACGACACGGCAAUCUAAAGAUACAUCAACGUAUACAUAGUGGGGAGCGUCCAUUUUGCUGUGGUGUGUGUAAUAAGUCGUUCACUCAGCGGAAUUCUCUGAAAACACACCAAAGCAUACAUAGUGGGGAACGGCCAUUUUGUUGUAACGUGUGUAAUAAGUCAUUUAUUCGUUGCCGUGAUCUGAAGAGACACCGGAGCAUACAUGGUGGGGAACGGCCAUUUGGCUGUGACGUGUGUAAGAAGUCAUUUGCCGAACGCGGUCAUCUGAAGACACACCAACUCAUACAUACUGGGGAGCGGCCAUUUUGUUGUGACAUGUGUGAUAAGUCAUUCAGACAGCUGGUUCAUCUAAAGAGACACCAACGCAAACAUAGUGAAUGCGGCCAUUUUGUUGUGACGUGUGUAGUAAAUCGUUCACUCAAAAGAGUGUUCUGAAGAUACAUCAACGCAUACAUAGUGGGGAGCGGCCAUUUUGUUGUGACAUAUGUAACAAGUCGUUCAGUCAGCAGAGUAGUCUGAAGAAGCACCAAAGCCUACAUAUUGGGCUGUGACGUGUUGUCUGAAGACACAUUUAUCCUGACUCAGUGAUAUAUGUAGAAAUUUAUAGAGCAAUAACUUUGGAAUUAGACUACGGGAACAGAGUGUGAUUUGUAGAAGGGCACUGUGUUGUUUGCUAUAGCAGAGAGAGGGAGAACUGCACGCACUUAAUUUGAACUGCUGUAGACCAUUAGUCAGGGUUUUUACAGUUUUACAACAUUUGUCGACGAAGGAAAUUUAACUGGUAUUAUAAUUCAUAAGCAAAAAACCACAUCUCUAUGAGAAAAAGUGUUACUAGUUGGAAACAAGAAACACACAAAUGAUAUUAAAGAAUUUUUUACUUGCCGACUUGACUUUUUCAGGUCUUCUUUACUGUACGAACAGCAAAACACAGAAGUGGACAUAAAUUGGAGGCAGUUUCUCAGAAUCCAAAGUGACAAAAAACACUAAUUUUUGGAAGCUUUCGCUACAUGAGAGUGUAAUAUAGGGUUGAUUAUCAAUUUUCGGAGCUCCCAAAUAGACAUGUAUACUUUUUCCAGAAGGAAACCAAACAAAUAACGACCAUGAAUCAGCAGACAACAGAGUUCUACGUUUCCAGUGAAAUUUUGGAUAACUCCCACCAGAGUGUGAAUUGCUGCUUCCCUGAUGAUAGCAAUAUUCACACAAAUUACUUUGGAUCUGUUUCCAGGCUUUGUUAAUUGUACAGAAUUUGAAAGAACACGAUGUUUCGGUAAAUGUUUCUCAUUCCUUCUUCAGGUGGAAAUUUAUUGAGGAACAAAUUUUACCCUUUAGGUAGAGCUAAUAUGGAAUCACCGGUCCAGUACAAAUUACCAUGUUCACAAAAACCCUGCUUGCUACCUGAGCCAGAGAAUGUUCAUUCCACACCACUCUAUCUUUGUCUCUAAAAUCUAUUUUAAUUAUAUCUUCACAUCUACGACUAGGUCUUCCUAGAGGUCUCUUUCCGAAUGGUUUGCCGGCCGAAAUUCUAUAUGCAUUCCUCAUUUCCACCAUGCAUGCUACAUGCAUUAAAUAUACUUGGCGAAGAGUAUAA